GUAGCCUUAUGGCCGGCGUGUAUCUGACCGUAUUUGAUUUCUGUGCGCGCCAUCACAUGCUUCAGGAUACGUGUUGCCAAUGAUAAGUUCAAACUGACAAAUAUGUGCAUCCAUUGAUAUUGUGAAUUUAUAUCAAUGCAUUAUUUGCAGAUAAAACAUACAAUUAACUUACGCCAGUGCUAUUAUAAGUAUCUUCUGUGUCUGCGUUGACGAAUUUUAUCUUAAAUCAGCAACGUGUAAACACAUUGAAUGACAACGCUUCAUAAAGUUUAAACAUCCGGUGUGGAUUUAGAAAAAAAAACUGAGAUUUAUUGUAUGAUAUGAAAGGCAUUCAAGCAAACGAUUUGCUUGUUCAAAUAAAGAAAGUUAAAAGCGUAUCAUACACAUCGUAUGUUAUGGUGUAUUUUUACACAAGAUACUUGGUAAGAGCUGAUACGUAAACCGGAAAGUCUGCAUUGUAAAAGCCUUCAUAAAACGUAACUCUACACAAUCAUUAACUAGUGCAGUUUUAAAUCGUACAGGACAAUAUAUCAAUAAUCGAGCUUUAAAAGGAAUAAACAAGCGUGUAAUACAGCUUUCAUUUAAAACAGAAAUGCCCAGGCCAUCACGUGAACGGACUUCGGCUCAUUUUUCCGCUGACCAGACAACGGAUAAAAGUGCUGACCAACGUUCCCCUGCGCCCAUCGAAGAAUCUCCAUUGGAGCCUGCAGAAGAAGGCCGAGAUGAUGCACAUCUGUCUGAAAACACGUGUUCUGUCGGCAAAAGUUAUGCACUUGAUACAACCACUGCAAUAUUCGCCCAAAUAAUCCAAUCACCUUGGGGAAUAGAAGAUGAGGAUGAAGAAGACGAAGCUGACGCUAUAGGGUGUGACUCGGACGACGGUGUCGAAGAAAAAGGUGUUUGUCAUACCCACAACGAGAUCGCGUGCAGAUUAAUGCGGAUUGGCGACGAUUUCUUUGAAAGGGAAAGGCAAGCCCCUCACGCGGAAAUUGAUGUGGUUGAUAGGUCGCAAUAUAUACGUGAUAUAGCCACAAAGAUUGUGUCAUCGACCACAUUCGAGCAUUUUAUCGAAGCGUUGCCUAGCGAAGCUGCCAAACCCAUCGGAUGGGAACAGGUGGCACUUUACUCGGUCAUCAUUCAUUCGUCAAUUAUGAUGGUGGGCGUUGGUACAGAAAUCACGAAUACCAUUACUAGCUAUGCCAAUCAGUAUUUCAAGUCGAGGUUCAGUGACUGGAUUAACAGCCAACCACGUCAAUGGUAUUCCAUUUUUGACGAGCCGAGAAGCGUCCCCAUCGAUCAGUCCGACUGUGAUUGACAUAACUGCGACUUGUAUAUAACUAUAAAUAUACGCUUGGCCUAUAAUGUAUGAUGAUAUUUAGCUGUUAUUAGCCAUUGUAAUGUGUAUAGAAACAUGAGUAUGUUUCUUAUAUCAGAAUAAAAAUACCAAAAUAAUAUUCAUUGAACUAAAAGCUUACGAUAGUUUUACCAUGAAAUCAAUUUUCAAAUAGUCUUCACUUCUUUGACAUGUGUAUGUAUAGCCUAAUGAAUAAAAGUAAUGUUUGAACCGACAUGUAUAUUUAUUAUAGAUAUCGUAUUGUUAUGUUUUUACACGUAAACCAGAUAAUUAAUAGAUUUGUAUGAUGAUUGGCAUAUGCAUGUUAGCUUGUCUGUAUGGGGACCAAUUCGAGAUACGAUCAAGGGAGAGAACCAAUAUCGCAUAGAUUUUCUUGCAUCUAAAUUUAUUUCCGUUUGCGUGUAUUGUUUGUAAGCAUUCCUUAAACAGCAAACUAUUUUAUGCUAUGUUGUAUAUAUUUUUUUAAAUCAAAGACCAGACGAAGUUGAUGUUAUAUAUGGUAUAAUUUAAUUUUGACUCGGAAAGGUGAAAUUAUGUUGCUAUUAUUUGUAUACACCAAUUUAUGUGUUAAGUUGUAAUUUAAUUGAAAUGUUUUGUGUUGUAUUGCUUUUUAAUUUGAAAUGAGAUGUUUUGAGGUGAAUUUUUAAAUACACCUAAAUUUUUCAGUUAGUAACUAUGGAUAAAGUGUAAGGUUUCAAGAUUAAACGAUUGCAUUAUUCUUUCCGAGGCUUUGACUUAGUGUUUAUUGUUUGCUUGAGUUUGCUGUUUACUUUUCAAGAAUGCGUGUCUUUUCUUUUUUCAUUUAUUUUGUGCCUCGAUGUUUGUCCAUAUGAUAUUUUUAUAAAUAAAGGACUGCUUGCUAUAAUAAGAUUCUAACCCUGCUGGUGCAGCUGAAGAUUCACUAUGUGUACAUUUGAUCAUAUUUAAAUAUUUUUUUUGGUGUUUACUUAUUAUCAACCACCGAAAGCGUCUUCGGGUCCGUCCGUCAGUUUGUCCGUCCGUCCGUCUGUCCCAAUUAUUUCAGGGCUUAAUCUAACAAACUAAAUAAGAUUGCAAGGUGAAACUUUAUAAGUUGAUAGAUAUCAAUGAAAAGAAGUGACCCGCUCAAGAACCAUAACCAUGCAAUUUAGUUAAUAAGAUUAAUUGUCCUUUGUUGAUUUGUAUGACGUAACUGUUCAGCGCUUUAUCUCAGAUUAUACAAAAUUCCAACAUGAAACUUCAUGGGUGUAUAGAUAUUAAUGAGGAAAGUUUCUAUGCGCAAGAACAACAACCCUACAAUUUCUUAAAUAAGACUUAUUACCAUUGUUGUUUUCUAUGAUGUAACUCUUAUGGCCUUAUUUUAGAUACUACAUGUAUACAAUAUUUCAACAUGAAACUGUCUUUUGUGUAUCAAUAAUUAUGCGGAAAACUCAUAUAAACCUUUUCUUUUAGAUCUGCAACAAUCAUUAAAAACAAUUAACCCAUUUAUACCAAGCGUCUAGAAAAAGGCCUUUGCAAACAGCGUAGACCCAGAUGAGACGCCGCAUGAUGCGGCGUCUCAUCUGGGUCUGCGCUGUUUGCUUAAAGGAAUUUCUGUAACAAAUAUUUUAAAUAUAGAAAUAAAUAUACUAGGCAUCCCUAAUUGUUGAAAUAAAUUGAUCCAAUUUAGAAGGAUUGGAGAAUCCACUAGGCAUAAAUGGGUUUAUACGACGGGCGACGAGCAACGUGCAAACCACCUAUAAACAUUUACUCAUUGUUCGAGAUGCACAUUUUUUUUCUCAAAUAUAAGCUUAAAUGCAAGCAAACAUGUUUGUGUAUUGAACAACGACACUAUUCUUCACAUUAAAUGAUUUUAUUCACAGUGUACAGCAUAUAAAAGAAAAUAUAUUAACGGUUCAUUUUAUUCACAAUUGUUACACUUAAAUGCAAUAGCAUUUUCACAUUUCGUUUGUUGCUGAAGCGCCUUGAUUCAAAAUAUACUAAAAUUAAAUACAUCUUGAAAAAUGCACGUUUGUUUCGUAUACAAUUGUUAAUUCUGCUUUAUACGUACAAUUUACAACAUAUAUGUUUCCUGUCCUUAUGGUUAAGAUCGAUGUUUAAAUAUUGAGUGUACGUAUAAUAAACUACCUUGAUUUAUUACUGA